AUGGCUAGACAAAGAAGAUCCGCUCCAGCUCCAAGAACUCAAACCAGAUCAGCUCACACUGCUUCUGCUCCAUCUUAUUCUGCUCCACCCCAAAACAGAUAUCCAUCUGCUCAUCCAACCCAAGCUGCUCAACCACAACAACAAGCUAGACAACCAGGUAUGUUUGCUCAAAUGGCUUCUACUGCUGCUGGUGUUGCUGUUGGUUCUACCAUUGGUCAUACUCUUGGUGCCGGUAUUACUAGUAUGUUUGGUGGUUCAAGUAGUCAACCAGUUGAUCAAGCUGCUCAACAAGAUCUUUCUCAAGUUCAACAAUCAAAUCAAUAUCAAGAACAAGCUAGACAUUGUGAUGCCGAUGCUAGAAACUUCACUAGAUGUUUAGAAGAUAACGGUGGUAAUAUGCAAACUUGUGAAUAUUAUUUACAACAAUUAAAAGCAUGUCAAGAAGCUUCUCGUCAAUAUUAG